AGGCUCAGCAAAUGGGCUGGGCCAAUAAAUACGGCAAUACUCGGGCCCCGGAACUACAGUACAGCUGCGAUCGGCGUGGGUCGAACAAUUAAAAAAUAUUUGCGAUACGUUGCGAAAUACAUUAAAGAACAAACUUGUCUUACAAAAUAAAAAUAAUAAGUGUUUUUCAUAGAUAAAAAGCAAAACGAAAAUCUACAGAUAAUGCCGGAAAGUAUAACUAUCAACGGCGAUUGCUAUGAAGUUAAUCUGUCGAUCCUGGCCCCAGACAUUACCCUGAACACGUUUAUACGAGAACAUGCCGGUCUCACGGGCACCAAGUUCAUGUGCCAGGAAGGUGGCUGUGGAGUCUGUGUUUGUGCCUUGAGCGGUGUUCAUCCGGUGACCGGGGAGCUGAGCACCUGGGCGGUUAACUCUUGCCUAACGCUGCUGAACACCUGCCUGGGCCUGCACGUGACCACGUCAGAGGGCCUGGGGAACAAGCGCAAAGGCUACCACGCCAUACAGCAGCGACUGGCGAAAAUGAACGGCACUCAAUGUGGCUAUUGCUCGCCAGGAUUCGUCAUGAAUAUGUACGCACUGCUGCAGUCCCAGGGCGGCCGUGUGACCAUGGCCGAGGUGGAGAAUGCCUUCGGCGGCAACAUUUGCCGCUGCACCGGCUAUCGACCGAUAUUGGAUGCAAUGAAGUCCUUUGCCGUCGACAGCAAUAUAACUGUGCCAGCGGAGUGUGCGGACAUUGAGGAUUUGAGUAGCAAGCAGUGCCCCAAGACAGGCGAGCUCUGUGCUGGCAGCUGCAAGAAGAACCAGCCGCGAGGUGUUCAACAAUACGCUGAUGGCAGUCGCUGGGCUUGGCCCCAGACACUGCCUGAGCUGUUCGAAGCGCUGGGAGCAGCUGUCAAGGAGCAGCUGCCGUACAUGCUGGUUGCUGGCAACACGGCGCACGGCAUCUACAGACGCUGCAUGGAGAUCAAAGCCUUCAUCGAUUUACGUGCCCUGGCAGAGCUGAGAGGCUACAGCUUGGCCAAUAAAGUUCUUACCCUAGGCGGAAAUCUAAGCCUUACCGAGACCAUGGACAUAUGCCGCAAGCUGGAGCAAACAACGGGAUUUGAGUACCUGGCCCAGGUGUGGCAGCACUUGGAUUGGAUUGCCAAUGUGCCAGUGCGCAAUGCCGGCACUCUGGCAGGCAACUUGUCCAUCAAGCACGCCCACCCCGAGUUCCCCUCGGAUGUGUUUAUCGUUUUGGAGGCUCUGGAUGCAAAAGUCAUAAUACAGGAGUCGCCGGACACACAGCAAACUGUGAGCUUAGCCAGCUAUUUGAAGCUGUCCAUGGAAGGCAAAAUUAUUCGUGGCAUUGCUUUGCCUGCCUAUCCGAAGAAGGAUGUUCUGUUUGAUUCGUACAAGAUUAUGCCACGUGCCCAGAAUGCGCAUGCGUAUGUGAACGCUGCCUUUCUGCUGGAACUGGACGCAGAGGCGAAGGUGAAAAAUGCUCGCAUUUGCUUUGGCGGCAUUCGACCGGACUUCGUGCAUGCAACGGUUAUUGAGCAGCUGCUGGUCGAACGCAAUCCCUUUGACAAUGCAUUGCUGGAGCAGGUAUUCGGCAAGCUGUCGACGCUGCUGCAGCCAGAUGAGGUGCUGCCGGAUGCAUCGCCUGUCUACCGUCGCAAGCUGGCCUGUGGACUGCUCUACAAGUUUCUGCUGAAGGCCGCUGCAUUGCGUCAACAGGCUCUGGGUAGUCGUCAGGUAACUGGAGGCGCCUUACUACAGCGUCCUGUGUCGAAGGGACAGCAAAGCUUCGAGACCUUUGAGCAGCACUAUCCAGUGACGAAGCCCACGGAGAAACAUGAGGGACUUAUUCAGUGCUCGGGUGAGGCGACCUAUGCCAAUGAUCUGCCCACGCAACAUAAUCAGCUGUGGGCAGCGUUUGUCACAGCAAAGCGUGUCGGUGCUGUGGUCAGCAAGGUGGACACAACAGCUGCUUUGGCAUUGCCCGGCGUGGUGGCCUAUUUGGAUGCUAAGGACAUACCGGGGCCGAAUUCAUUGCGCCCCAAGGCUAAAGAUGACUUCUUCUUCCCGCAGGAGGAGCAGCUCUUUGCCACAGGCGAAAUCAAGUUCUAUCAACAGCCCAUCGGAAUGGUGCUAGCCACUUCCAAUGCGCUGGCUCAACGUGCCGCCGAACUGGUUAAGCUCAGCUAUGAGGGCGGCGCCAAGGAGGUACUGCCCAGCAUGAAGCAUAUCUUGGAAUCUGCUGCAUCUGCCGAUCGCAUUCUUCAGCCAGUCAAAUCCAUGCACGACAAGUUGAAGCUGAAUGUCGCGCACGAUAUCAAGGGCAGCGGCAAAUUGGAUAUGGGACUUCAGUAUCAUUAUUUUAUGGAGCCACAGACGACGGUGGUGUUGCCCUUUGAGGGUGGCCUACAGGUUUAUGUGGCCACACAGUGGAUGGAUCUUUCGCAGGACGUCAUCGCCAAUGUGUUGCAGCUAAAGAGCAACGAGGUGCAAGUGAAGACUCGUCGCAUUGGGGGUGGCUAUGGUGGCAAAGCAACGCGUUGCAACUUAGCUGCAACUGCAGCUGCCGUCGCUGCCCACAAGCUCAAUCGUCCAGUGAGGUUUGUUCAGUCGCUGGAGUCCAUCAUGAAUACGACGGGCAAACGUUGGUCCUUCCACUGCGACUAUGACUUCUACGUGCAGGCCAAUGGCAAGAUUGUGGGCAUCGAGAGUCGCUUCUACGAGGAUGCCGGCUAUCUGACCAAUGAGUCACCUAUCGGACAUACGGUGCUGCUGUCUAAGAACUGUUAUGAGUUCAGCGAUAAUUACAAGCUGGAUGGCUUUAUGGUCAUCUCGGAUUCGCCGAGCAAUACGCCCUGCCGAGCACCCGGCUCUGUUGAGGGCAUUGCGAUGAUGGAGAAUAUCAUUGAGCAUAUUGCCUUUGAAACAGGUGUCGAUCCAGCUGAUGUGCGCUUCGCUAAUUUAUUGCCCGCUCACAAAAUGGGCGACAUGAUGCCCAGAUUCCUCAAGAGUACUCUGUAUCGUGAGCGCCGAUCCGAAAUUAUCGCCCACAACAAGGAACAUCGUUGGCGCAAACGCGGUCUAGGCUUGUGCAUCAUGGAGUAUCAGAUUGGUUACUUCGGACAGUAUCCGGCUACGGUGGCCAUCUAUCACAGUGACGGCACAGUUGUAGUCUCUCACGGUGGCAUCGAAAUGGGUCAAGGCAUGAACACAAAGGUCGCUCAGGUCGUGGCUCAUACUUUAGGCAUUGCCCUGGAACAGGUGCGCAUAGAAGCUAGCGAUACGAUUAAUGGAGCCAACUCGAUGGUCACCGGCGGCGCUGUGGGCAGUGAGACAUUAUGUUUUGCUGUGCGUAAAGCCUGCGAGACUCUGAACUCGCGCCUGGCCCCAGUCAAGGAGGAGCUGAAAGCAGGUGACUGGCAACAGCUGAUCACUGAGGCAUACAACCGCAAGAUCAACUUGAUAGCCAGCGACCAGUGCAAACAGGGCGACAUGGAGCCAUACUCGGUGUGUGGCUUGUGCCUUACCGAGGUGGAGCUGGAUGUGCUCACUGGUAACUAUCUGAUCAAUCGUGUGGAUCUACUCGAGGACACUGGUGAGAGCUUGAACCCCAACGUGGAUAUUGGUCAGAUUGAGGGCGCCUUUAUGAUGGGCCUUGGUUAUUGGACCAGUGAACAGAUAGUUGUUGAUAAGGAAACGGGCGAAUGUUUGACGAAUCGCACCUGGAACUACAAGCCGCCAGGUGCCAAGGAUAUACCCAUUGAUCUGCGCAUCGAGCUGCUGCCCAAGAGUCCCAAUAAGGCGGGUUUCAUGCGUUCGAAGGCUACUGGAGAACCUGCCAUUUGCCUGGCAAUUUCCGUGGCCUUUGCUCUGCAGCAGGCGCUGCAAUCUGCGCGAGAUGAUGCCGGCCUGCCGAAGACAUGGAUUACCCUAAAUGCGCCCAUGACGCCAGAGCUGCUUGUAUCAUACGCGGGCACCGAACCAGCUCAGCUCAGGCUGACCUAAGGUCAUGCUUCAGCGAACCAACCUCAUACUAACACUGAAGCGAAGACCAAAGAGAGCGCGUGAGAAGCGGCACGUGGCGAUGCGAGCGCGAUGAUAAGCACGAGCUAUAUACAUAUAUAUAGAAAUAGAUAUAAGUGUGCAGAGUAUAUAUAUAUACAUAUAUAUAUAAAGGUACAUAUAUAUGCGCACCUUGUUUUAUGCACAAUAAAUUAGAAACUUAUCCAACG